AUGUACGAAAGUUUUCAAACAUUUCAAUCCCACUUUAACGCUUUGGCGAGAGUUGGGUAUUUUAAAAUUGUGUCUAAGAGAGAUGUCAAAUGGAAAGACAAAUUACAUUAUUAUUAUCGUAUUUUUAUUUGGAUUUGCGUAGUUGCAUAUAACUUACAACAUAUCAUACGCGCAAUACAGGCUCGAAACUGUACAAAGCAGCUAGUCGGAACUCUAUUUAUUUUGCUCACAACUUUGAACACUCUUGGGAAACAAUUAUCAUUUAAUGUUCGAGUAAAACGCGUUGAUAAUGUUAUUAAUUUAAUCAAUGAUUCACUUUUUGCUCCAAAGAACGCUUGCCACGAAGAUAUGAUGCGAUCAAAUGCCUUAUCGAUGUCUCGCCUUUUAAUGUUCUAUCAUAUUGCAAUAUUCAUUUGUAGCUUUCUUUUUAUAGCCUAUCCACUCAUAGAUAAAGCCUUAGGUAAUGACGUUUAUCUUACUGGGUAUGUGCCGUUCGAUACAAGUGUCUCGCCAAGGUUUGAGAUAGCUGCCACUUACUUGGGCGUACUCAUAUCAUUACAAGGUUAUGGACAUGUUACGAUGGACUGUACAAUCGUUGCAUUUUAUGCUUUUGCUACAAUUCAAUUGCAAAUUUUAAGAUAUAAUUUAGAACAUCUUGCUGACGAAUUUCAAUACGAAGGAGCUCUUAAGCAUUUCGCCGAUGACGAUUUGGCAUUAAGGCAAAUUUUACACAAAAAGAUUGUCCAGUGUAUAAAGCAUUAUGAGAAGAUUGUAUGGUAUGUCCAUGAAAUAGAAUCAAUAUUCAGCGAAGCAAUGAUUGUCCAGUUUUUUAUAGUAGCGUGGGUCAUUUGCAUGACUCUGUAUAAGAUAGUCGGACUUCCGUUAUUUUCGGCAGAAUUUGUGUCAAUGGCUAUGUACCUGGGCUGUAUGCUGGCGCAGCUGUUUAUUUGCUGUUAUUACGGAACACACCUUAGAGUUGAAAGUGAACUAGUGAACGAGUCAAUCUAUCAGUCGGAUUGGUUGUCUCUCUCUCCUGGUUUCCGUCGUCGCCUGAUUGUGAUGAUGGAACGUUGCAAACGUAUGAUCGAGCCUCGCAUAGCCCGCGUAAUCCCUUUAUCUGUGGACACUUAUAUUUCUGUCUUAAGGUCCUCCUACGCACUCUUUACUAUUCUUAAUCGUAAAUAA